AUGAUGCCUGGGGCGAGGCGGAAAAUUAAGGAAGAGUCGGACAAAGUGUCCGUUGUGAGCUCGGGGGUACCCGGUCGGGAGGGUCAGGCGGCGACUGCCGUGGAGGGGCUUGAGAGCCACUUGGCGGGAGUUAAAUUGUCAGUCAGCAAGAUGGCAGAACUGGCGGGUUUUCCUUCACAUCGCUCGAGAGCAGACGUCACGGCGACGGGGAUAUCGACGUCACCGGGUGCGGAAAUGGCUGGGCCUGCUUAUGUAAACAGAGAUGGCGGCGACCUAUUGCCAUUAGCCACGGUAGCGGCUAAACUACCAAAGUUCAAUGGACAAGGUAAAUGGGAAGUUUUUUUCACUCAAUUCGAGUUGUUGGCUAGAGCCGGGAGGUGGUCUGACGAGACGAAAGCGUUACAGCUUGCCCUGAGCCUGGCGGAGGAGGCGUCGGAAUGCCUGCUAACGCUAGCCCCGGGCGAUAGGGGCGACUACGGUGCGCUAGUGGAGGCAUUGGGGGCCCGUUUCGGCAGCGACGCGCAGCCCAACAUGCUGCGUAUUGAACUGUGUAACAAAAAGAGACUUCAGGGGGAAUCAUUAAAGGCCGUCGAGGCUGUGUGGCUGAAGAACUGUCAGGGUCUGGAUGAGGGACAACAGAGACAGUUAAAGCAGCUGCUGUUGGACUUUAAAGAUAGCUUCGCUUGGGGGGAAGAUGAGGUAGGACAAACGCACCUAGUUCAGCACGAAAUAGACACUGGGGACGCCCGACCCAUUAAAAUUCGGCCCCGUCGUAUUCCCCUUGCCAGGAGGGAAGCAGCAGACACAGCUAUUGUUGACAUGUUGCGGGCUGAUUUCAUUGAGCCAUCAGAUAGCCCAUGGUCCGCGCCGGUCGUCAUGGUGCCUAAGAAAGGGGGUAAACUUAGGUUUUGUGUUGACUACAGGGGCCUAAAUUCUGUCACCACUAAAGACUCUUAUCCCCUACCGAGGAUUGAUGAGUCGCUAGACCACGUGAGAGGGUCCUCGUGGUUCUCCUCCCUUGAUCUGCGCAGUGGCUACUGGCAGGUGCCCCUCUCGCCAGGGGCACGUGAAAAAACGGCCUUCUCCACAGAUAGGGGCCAUUGGCAGUUCAAGGUGCUGUGCUUCGGGCUCUGUAAUGCUCCUGCCACCUUUGAGAGGCUCAUGGACAGAGUGCUGGCGGGGGUUCCGAGAGACGAGUGUGUUGUGUACCUAGACGACAUAUUGGUGCACGGCACAUCGUUUGAGGGGGCACUGGGGGCAAUUAGGCGAGUGUUGGAGAGAAUCUCGGGGGCGGGGCUAAAAUUACAUCCGGGAAAGUGCCAUUUCAUGCAAAGGGAGGUGGCGUUCCUGGGGCAUCAGCUGGGUGGUGAGGGCAUCAGCACGAUGCCAGACAAAGUAGAGGCUGUGAGGGGGUGGCCAGUUCCAGGGGGAAAAAAAGAGGCUAAGAGCUUCCUGGGGCUGGCAUCCUACUAUCGUAGGUUUGUGAAGGGGUUUGCGGGGGUAGCGGCUCCUUUGAACCAGCUACUCAAGGAGGACACUGUUUUUCAGUGGACCGAAGAGCACCAGCGGGCGUUUGAGGCCCUCAAACGGGCCCUGAUGGAGGCCCCUGUCCUGGCCUCACCAGACCCGAACCGUCCGUUCAUCCUGGACACCGACGCAAGCAAUGAGGGGUUGGGGGCUGUGCUGGCUCAGCGGGGUCCGGAUGGGGAACACGUAGUAGCUUAUUACAGCAGGACUUUUGAUAAGGCUGAAAAACGCUACUGCGUGACAAGGAGAGAGCUUUUGGCUGUCGUGGCAGCAGUACGCCAUUUCAAGUACUACCUGGGGGGCCUGCCGUUUGUGGUCCGGACGGAUCACUCCGCCCUGCAGUGGCUUCUCUCCUUCAAGGAGCCAGAGGGUCAGAUUGCCCGCUGGCUGGAGGAGCUACAACCCUACGACUUCCAGGUGGAGCACAGAGCCGGCCUUCGCCACAGCAAUGCAGACGCCUUGUCCCGCCGCCCGUGUGCUGAGGAUGGCUGUGGGUACUGCGCCAAACGGGUGGAGCGAGAGAGAGAACUGUGCAGGGAGGAGGGAGUCACCGCCACGGUGAGUCAGCUGAGUGUGACAGAGUGCCGGGAGCUUGAGGCUGUGGAUGUUGGGGAGUGGAGGCGUCGCCAGGAGGAGGACGCAGAGCUGCGUCCUGUGCUGCGGUGGGUGGAAGAGAGAAGACGACCGCCGUGGGGGGACGUAGCCCCUCUAUCACCAGUCACCAAAGGACUGUGGGCUAAAUUCACAGUCCUUAGAGUGGCUGAGGGAGUGCUCCAGAGGGGGUGGAAAAAGCCAGCGACUGGAGAAAUUACGUGGCAGGUAGUGGUGCCCAAAAGGCUGCAGGGGAGCGUGUUACAGCAGCUUCAUGGGGGAGUAGGCGCAGGGCAUUUUGGGGUCUCCAAAACGUUAAAGCGCAUGCGUAAAGGCUUCUAUUGGGCCAGGCACAGGAGGGAUGUUGAGGACUUUUGUAGGCAGUGCGAUGAGUGUGCUGCUAAAAAAGGACCUCCAGGUCAGUCACACGCCCUCCUACAACAAUUCCCAGUAGGGGAGCCCAUGGAGAGACUGGGGGUAGACAUAGUAGGGCCGUUUCCAACCACAGACAGCGGUAACAGGUGGAUUCUAACCGCUAUGGACUACCUCACCAAGUGGCCGGAGGCUUACGCUCUCCCAGACCAGGAGGCGGGGACAGUAGCUGAUGCAUUGGUGGGGGGAAUAAUCAGUCGGUUCGGGGUGCCACAGUCUAUUCACAGCGACCAGGGGAGAAACUUCGAGUCACGGGUGUUCACAGAGUUGUGUAGACAGUUAGGCGCGGAGAAGACGCGCACUACUCCGCUUCACCCCCAGAGUGAUGGGCUGGUGGAAAGAUUCAACAGAACAUUAGCACAGCAGCUGGCCAUCGUUACCUCAAAACACCAGAGAGAUUGGGACACCCACUUACCGUUUAUUCUUAUGGCGUGUAGGUCGGCUGUUCAAGAAUCGACUGCGUGCUCCCCAGCACUACUAAUGUUAGGUCGUGAGUUGCGCACCCCAGCCGAACUGACGUUUGGCCACCCUCCUGAUAGUGGCGACCGGGUUUUGCCUGGCCCGGACUAUGUGUGUCGUCUGCAGAACCGGUUAGAAGCGGCUCACACCUUCGCAAGAGAGCAACUCGAGAACGCAGGGGUGCGCCAAAAGCGCCACUACGACUCGCGCGCUAGGGGGAGGCACUUUGGAGCGGGAGAAUGUGUGUGGCUUCACAACCCCACGCGCAAGAAGGGGCGGUGCCCAAAGCUGGACAGUGCAUGGGUGGGGCCGUGUCUGGUGAUAGAGAGAGUGGGGGAGGUGACGUACCGGGUGGAGGUCCCUCCACGGAGCAGGAAGGUGGUGGUCCACCGGGAUCGAUUGGCACCCUACAGAGGGAGGAAAACGGUAGGGAAUGGGAGUGAGGUCUCUGAUGUGAGCCCACGGGAACAGUCUAACGAGGGGACUCUAGCGCAACCUGAGCCUGGGGAGGGGGCUGCUUCUUCGGAGGGCGCUGGAAAUGACAUUGGGGCAGAGGAGUGUUCUGGGGGUUCACCGGGGAGAGUCACGGGGAGGCCCAAGAGACUGAUGCGACCUCCGGGUCGUUUUAAGGAUUUUGUUGUGUAACCCUAGGGGCUAGGGUUUAGAAAGGGGGGGGCUAUGUAACGACCCGGUAUUGUGUUCUGUGUUUGUGGGUGUGUUAUGGUUCUCAUGGCUACUAGCAGGGGUUAAAUAUGUCAGGACAGAUGGAAAGGUUGGGGGGGUAUGAUGGGUAAUCCCGCGGGAUUUGGAAAUGCAUAAAGAGGGAUGAGUGUCUCAUAUCUCUCUCUUCUGUUAGGGCCUUGAUCUGUUCCUAUGAGAGUGACCUUAACUCGACAUGUAUAAUUGUGUACGUUCGGCAUUAGCGGCGUGGGCUGUGGCCUGAACAAUAGCCCAGUUUAGGAAUAAACCUGUGUUCUGAUCUGUACA